GGGGGCGGAGGCCAGAUGGGGAAGAAGACGUGGAGCGAGCGGAGGCAGGCGUCGAGGGGCUGCUCCACCCGGGACGACCCCCAGGGGCCGGGGCGCGGCACCACCCGAGGGCGCUUCUCCGAGUCCUGGAAGAGGCUUAGCUCCAGGCAGGGGUCCACUAAGAGAUCCGGCCUGGCCUCCCAGCAGCCCCUGGCACAGAAAUCCUGGAUAGAGAGAGCCUUCAGCAAGCGAGAAUGUGUUCAUAUAAUAGUGAGCGCAAAAGACCACCAUAGGUGCUGCUGCGGUCGCCUGAUUGGCCAGCACGUCGGCCUUCCCCCCAGCAUUUCCUCCAGUCAGAAUGACAAGAACGAACGUCUGGCGAAGAACGACAGCCUGUCGGAGAAAUGGUCCAUCAGCAAACACACGCAGCUCAGUCCCACCGACGCCUUCGGCACCAUCGAGUUCCAGGGGGGCGGCCAUUCCAACAAAGCAAUGUAUGUCCGCGUCUCCUACGACACCAAACCCGACCUCCUGCUGCACCUGAUGACCAAAGAGUGGCAGCUGGAGCUCCCCAAGCUGCUCAUCUCCGUCCACGGAGGCCUGCAGAACUUCGAGCUGCAGCCCAAACUCAAGCAGGUCUUCGGCAAAGGCCUGAUCAAGGCUGCCAUGACGACGGGGGCCUGGAUCUUCACCGGCGGGGUCAACACAGGGGUCAUCCGUCACGUAGGGGACGCGCUGAAGGACCACGCCUCCAAAUCGCGGGGGAAGAUCUGCACCAUCGGCAUCGCCCCCUGGGGGAUCGUCGAGAACCAGGAGGACCUCAUCGGCAAAGACGUGGUCAGGCCGUACCAGACCAUGUCCAACCCCCUGAGCAAGCUGACCGUCCUGAACAGCCUGCACUCCCACUUCAUCCUGGCCGACAACGGGACCACGGGGAAGUACGGCGCCGAGGUCAAGCUCCGCCGCCAGCUGGAGAAGCACAUCUCCCUGCAGAAGAUCAACACCAGUGAGUGCGGCACCAAUCACACGCCGUCACUAAGGCAGCGAGUGCAGUACGGUCCAAUCACACGCCGUCACUACGGCAGCAAGCACAGUAUGAUCCAAUCACAUGCCCUCACUGAGACUGCAAGCGCACUCUCUUUCUCCCCCUCCCCUCUCUCUUUCUCUCUCAGGAUCAUAAACGAGUCUUUACGGGACCAGCUGCUGGUCACCAUCCAGAAGACCUUUAACUACAGCCGCACACAGGCCCAGCACCUCUUCAUCAUCCUCAUGGAGUGCAUGAAGAAGAAGGAGCUGAUAACUGUGUUCCGAAUGGGAUCGGAAGGCCACCAGGACAUUGACUUGGCCAUCCUCACCGCUCUCCUGAAAGGGGCCAAUGCGUCCGCGCCGGACCAGCUGAGCUUGGCGUUGGCGUGGAACAGGGUGGACAUCGCCCGCAGCCAGAUCUUCAUCUACGGGCAGCAGUGGCCGGUGGGGUCCCUGGAGCAGUCCAUGCUGGACGCGCUGGUGCUGGACAGAGUGGACUUUGUGAAACUGCUGAUUGAGAAUGGUGUCAGCAUGCAUCGGUUCCUUACCCUCUCCAGACUAGAGGAGCUCUACAACACGAGACACGGACCAUCAAACACGUUGUACCACCUGGUCAGAGACGUCAAAAAGCAAGAGUAUCCAGGGUUCAGCUGGAUCUAUUUCAAGGGCAACCUCCCGCCGGAUUACAGAAUCAGUCUGAUUGACAUCGGCCUGGUCAUUGAGUACUUGAUGGGCGGGGCUUACCGUUGCAAUUACACCAGGAAAAGGUUUCGAACCCUUUACCACAAUCUCUUCGGCCCUAAAAGACCGAAGGCCCUUAAGCUCUUGGGAAUGGAGGACGACAUGCCGAUCCGGCGGGGCCGACAGAAGACCACCAGGAAGCGGGAGGAGGAGGUGGACAUCGACCUGGACGACCCGGAGAUCAACCACUUCCCGUUCCCCUUCCACGAGCUGAUGGUGUGGGCGGUGCUGAUGAAGCGCCAGAAGAUGGCGCUGUUCUUCUGGCAGCACGGCGAGGAGGCCAUGGCCAAGGCGCUGGUGGCCUGCAAGCUCUGCAAGGCCAUGGCCCACGAGGCCUCAGAGAACGACAUGGUGGACGACAUCUCGCAGGAGCUCAACCACAACUCCAGGGAGUUUGCGCAGUUGGCGGUGGAGCUCCUGGAUCAGUCCUACAAGCAGGACGAGCAGAUGGCCAUGAAGCUCCUGACCUACGAGCUGAAGAACUGGAGCAACGCCACCUGCCUGCAGCUGGCGGUAGCGGCCAAGCACCGCGACUUCAUCGCGCACACCUGCAGCCAGAUGCUGCUGACGGACAUGUGGAUGGGCCGACUGCGCAUGCGCAAGAACUCCGGACUGAAGGUGAUCCUGGGCCUGCUGCUGCCGCCCUCCAUCCUGAGCCUGGAGUUUAAGAACAAGGACGAGAUGAGCUACAUGCCGCAGGAGCAGGACACCUACCUGCAGGAGAAGGAGGUGGAGGAGCCCGAGAAGCCCGCCAAGGACAAGGACGACGAAGACAUGGAGUUCACAGCCAUGCUGGGAAAGGUAGCCACGGAGACGUCGCGGAAGAAGGACGUGGAGGAGGUGCAGAGCCGGCACAGGCUCAUCCCGUUCGGCCGCAAGAUCUACGAGUUCUACAACGCGCCCAUCGUCAAGUUCUGGUUCCACACUCUGGCCUACGUGGGGUACCUGAUGCUCUUUAACUACAUAGUUCUGGUGAAGAUGGAGCUUUGGCCAUCCCCGCAGGAGUGGAUCGUCAUCGCCUACAUCUUCACCAACGGCAUCGAGAAGAUGAGAGAGAUCCUGAUGUCGGAGCCGGGGAAGCUGCUGCAGAAGGUGAAGGUCUGGCUGCAGGAGUACUGGAACAUCACAGACCUGAUGGCCAUCCUCAUCUUCUCCGUGGGCAUGGUGCUGCGUCUGCAGGACCCGCCCUUCAUGAGCUACGGCCGCGUCAUCUACUGCGUCAACAUCAUCUACUGGUACAUCCGGCUGCUCGACAUCUUCGGCGUCAACAAGUACCUGGGGCCCUACGUCAUGAUGAUUGGCAAGAUGAUGAUUGACAUGAUGUACUUCGUUAUCAUCAUGCUGGUGGUGCUGAUGAGUUUCGGGGUGGCUCGGCAGGCCAUCCUAAACCCCAAUGAGGACCCGUCCUGGAUGCUGGCUCGCAACAUCUUCUUCAUGCCCUACUGGAUGAUCUAUGGGGAGGUGUUUGCGGACCAGAUCGACCCUCCCUGUGGCCAGAACGUGACGGCGGAGGACGGCACCGUGGUGGUCCUCCCCCCCUGUAAGACCGGGGCCUGGAUCGUGCCUGCCAUCAUGGCCUGCUACCUCCUGGUGGCCAACAUCCUGCUGGUCAACCUGCUGAUAGCCGUGUUCAAUAACACCUUCUUCGAGGUCAAGUCCAUCUCUAACCAGGUGUGGAAGUUCCAGAGGUACCAGCUGAUCAUGACCUUCCACGAGCGCCCGGUCCUUCCUCCGCCCCUCAUCAUCUUCAGUCACAUGACCAUGGUCCUGAAGCACCUGUGUUGCCGCUGGCGCAAGCACGACGACGAUGAGCACGACUACGGCCUCAAGCUGUUCAUCACCGAGGACGAGCUGAAGAAGGUGCACGACUUCGAGGAGCAGUGCAUCGAGGAGUACUUCCGGGAGAAGGACGACCGCUUCAACUCCUCCAACGACGAGAGGAUCCGGGUCACCUCGGAGAGGGUGGAGAACAUGGCGAUGCGCCUGGAGGAGGUGAACGAGCGGGAGCACUUCAUGAAGGCGUCGCUGCAGACGGUGGACAUCCGCCUGGCGCAGAUGGAGGAGCUCAUCGGGCGGGUCGCCGUGGCGCUGGAGCGGGUGACGGGCGUGGACCGGGGCGAGGUGCAGAAGGCGCGCUCGCGCACCUCCUCCGACUGCACCGACGCCGCCUACAUCCUGCGGCAGAGCAGCUUCAACAGCCAGGAGGGCAACUCCGCCUACCGAAUCCAGGAGGCGCUAGAGCAGACGGGCGAGGGCUCCAUCUCCCCCACCUCGCCCACCAUCCUCGCCCCCCGCCCCCGCAGCCACUCCUUCUACGUGGCCGGGUCCCGGGACAGGGGCGGCGGGGGCGGGGCCGGGUGCGGGGGCGGGGCCGGGUGCGGGGCCGGGGGCGGGGCCGGGUGCUCGGAGAGGGUCGAGGGCUUCUUCAAGGAGCGCUCGCUCAGCCUCCACCGGGCCAACAGCUCGCAGUCAGUGUCCUCGGCCGCGCCCAGGGACGCCAGGCCCCUCCCCCUCAACACGCUGUCCGUCUCGCAGCAGCACCGCCCCUCCUCCUGCAUCGACAUCUACGUGUCGGCGUCCGAGGAGGGCCAGCAGCCCCUGGAGGGGUGCGAGGCCGACCCCCUGCACAUGCCCGCCUUCCCCCGCGACGCCUCCCUCCACUCCGAGAUCAUGGAGGCGGUCCUGACCCGGGGGGCGUACGGCGGCGCGGGGGCGGGGCUGGGGGCGGGGCCCUCGGACGCGGCGGCCGUCUUCGAGGACAGCGCCCUGGCCGUGGCGGACAUGGCGCUCUGCCCCUCCGCCCUGCUGCCCGACAGCCUGACCCCCUGGGACCUGGAGCCGCCCCAGACCCUGGAGCGUUCCAAGAGCAGCCGCUUCCUGUCGGCGGCGGGGCCGCUGUUCCUGGACGACGCGCCGCUGGUCAAGUCGCACAGCCUGAUGUUCACGCCGCGCGGCGGGGGCGGGGCCGGCGGCGGCUACUACGGCGGCAUGGGCGUCCAGGUGAAGGCGGCCGAGUACACCAGCAUCACCGACUGCAUCGACACGCGCUGCGUCUCCACCCCCAACGCCCCGCCCGAGCGCUCCGACUCGCCCGGCGUGUCCUUCUUCGAGAAGGCCCAGGACCUGGGCGCCUGCCACCCGGAGAGGGAGGCGGAGCUCAGCCACGCCGACUCCGACCCCGAGGACCCCGAGGCCCUGCCCGAGUCGCGGAGGGGCGGGGCCUACCUGGGCGGGGCCUUCUGCACGCCGCUGGCCAGGCUGGAGCGGGCCAACAGCUGCUCGUCGGAGGACUCCCACGCCAGCAACGCCCGCAAGAGCUUCUCGGUGGGCGAGCGGAUGGACGGGCGGCAGAGGAACUCGCGCAACCCCUUCCAGAGGAGCAAGUCCAGCGCCAAGCCCGAGCCCAAGAUGGACAGCCUGUCCAUGAGGAGACUGUCCAAGCCCUCCGCCUUCCGCAGCUUCGACAGCCGCCACAACUUCACGUGAUGGGCCCGCCCCCCCCCUCCCUGGACCCCGCCCCCCAGACCACACCCCCUGCUCUCACGGGACGCUCGUCCAAAGGCUAGUGAAGUCGGACGACCCCUGUCCAAAUCCGGGGUGGUGCGAGAGGGAUAUCGCUCUGCUGCCCUACCCGUCCUCCCCCCCCUUACCUCCACAUCCCCACCCACCCACCCCUGGAUCUCUCAAUUUGUUCCACUCUGUCCUGUUUCUUUUUCUUUUCUUUUUUUUUUUCCUUUUUUAGCACACAAACAAAGCCAUUUCUGUCUCCCGUCUGUCAUCGUUAGGGGAAAUUGUUUCGUGUCCUUUUCUUUCAUUUACGAGUAAAAGAGAAGAGAAAGAGAGCAAAAAAUGUAAACGACAAAAAAAGAGAAAAAAAGGGCAUCGUAUUACAGAGUUGUGUGAGAGAAGGUGUCAUCGCCAAACAAUGAAAAAAAAAUAGAUGAUUCACGGAGGACGGAAGAAGAGAGAAUAUCGUAAGACAAUCAAUGCGGUUUGUGUUUGAGGAAUGUUCCUUCGUCUGCAUGCCGUUAGCUUGAUCUAGAGAAUGUCAUGUGUUAAUCACAGAGCACGCGCUGCUCUUCUAAUUGCCUUCUUAUUGGUUGUUUCACCAGUUCUCUCACACUCGGUAUUAAAGCAGCUGACAUGCUCGCAGUAUUAGGCUUGUUUUGGCUUGGAUCGCCUUCGGGUCUUGUCCUGUAGUUUUGAAUGUGAAGCAGACAAAAUAAUUAAUAAGAAUCCUUCUCAUGAAUCAGACAAAAAAAACUGUCUUUCUUCAAGAGACACAAAUCUAUACUCAUUGCUUGACUGAUUGGUUUAUGAAUAACUUUAUCUUGAAAUCAUGUCCUAAAUCUUUUUUUUUUUCCCCCAUGUGGAUAACUUGACCUUUGACCCUAGCAACUGAACCGUUUGGACACUGCUGUUUUUGAUUUUUUUUUUUCUUUUUUUUGAAGUUGCAAAGAGUCACUUAAAAACAGAGCAAACAAAAAUAAUAAUAAUAAUCCAACGAGUGCCCAGGUCAAGGCAGCUGAUACUGAGAGAGUCCUCUCUUCUCUGAAUCCAUUUUGCGGUGGAAGACAGGGCUCCAGCUACAGAAAUGGUCACCAAAACGCUGAAAGGCUGAAUAUUGACGAGCAGUUUUGGGGGAAAAAACACUUCAGGAAGUGGGGGAAGUAAAGGAGUUAGCAACAUUUAGCUCAAGUGCGCAUGCCAAACACGGGAGUUGGUUUGCCCUGUGCGUUUAUAAAACCUCUCUAUAUCAUCUCAUUAUCCUGCCCCAGCUGACCAGUUUAUAAAAUAUGUAAUUCAUUUUUUUGUCACUUCUCUUACCAUCUCAUUUUAUAGCCAUUUAUCUAUGAAGAGUAGAAUUUAAUGCCAGUAAUUCUGACUAUAAUAGUAUUGUUCUAUGGGGAAUCAUCAGCAUAAGGUGCGCUCUCUUCAACAAAACCAUACAUUUAACUCUGAAGUAGCCAGAUUUGUUGUGAAGGUGGAUAUUUAAAGGGGAUUUUUUUUUUUAAAACAACCUAACUUAAGUUGAGAUUUUACCUCUUUUUUCCCACAUGGAUGGAAUACUGCAGUGGCAAUGCACCCACAUAGAGAGCCCUCAAACUGGCAGCCAACCAGAGCUUUCAGAAAAUGGAGCACGUUCAAAAUAAGGAAUCACCUUUAGUUUGUCAUGUAGCAUUGCACCAUGUGCUAGUCCCUCUCAUCACUUGUUUCCAGGUAAAGAGGUCACCAGUACAGAGUCAGGCUUGCUUGGGGGGGGUCAAGUCUCUUCCUGGAGUUUCACUUUUCACUACUUACUGAUGUGACCUGACACAAGCUUUGUUUUUUUGGAAAUGAAACUCUUUAUUUCUACACAUUUAUAUUUCAGUGUAAAAAGGAGGCUGGAGGUUCUGAAGUUCUGCUGCAGUUCUGUGCGCGCUUCAAAAACACCGUCGGCAUCAAACCGCGGUUGCCAUAGCAACACUACUCUCUUAAUAUAGACUCUGAGAGCACGGUCUGUACUGAAAUAAUAGCGCUGUUCCGGAACGUUCAGAACCAGCGCCGACUGCUUUUUCACGCCAGACUUCUCGUCACUGUGAAACGCAUGACCACCAGGGGGUGCUGUGACCUCGAUCAGGCGUGUCCGCUUUCGGUGAGCUGUCUGUCCACAAGGCUUUUCUUUCACCGUUAAUAAAGCGCCGCUUGGGGUCAUGUGACAUAACGUUCUUCCUUGAAGUCAUACUUUUUGGGAAAGCAUCUCAUAUUUAGGAGUAAUGCAUAGGACUCAUAAUAAACUAAAUAACAGGCUGUAAACAUACAGUUACUCAUUUUAAGAUUAAACAUGCAUUUGAUAGAAUACAUUUUUAUUGCAACUGAUUUGAGGGAAAGUGAGUUUUAUUGUGGUGUGCUGAACAUUGUAUUAGGAACAUUUGAUCUUGGGCUAGGAGUCUGGGGGCUGGGUCACAUCUGGCCCCUCUGGUUCUUUAUUCCUCCCUGGACAUCAGUGGUAGAGGGAGAGAAGAUUAAUUCAAAACACAGAAUAAAACUUAAAAUGGGGAUUGAGCUGCAGAGGGGGGAGGGACUGCCGGAAACAUGUGACAGGAAGGGGUAGAGGCGUCGGUUUACCAAGUUAUAGUGUGAGGUGUUGUCUGAAAACUUCUCUCCUGGAUCUUUGUUUUAAAAACUACAGUAGUUUAAGGGUAGUCACCCAGCCAAUCACUGUAACCCAGGAUAAAACAUAAAUAGGUAUUGAGGGUUUAGUACAGUAUGUCAGACUGUAACAUAUCGUAUCAUAUUUCUCUUUUAUUUAAAUGAUUGGCUUUGUUGGUUGAUGCAAUGCUGUUUUUCUUCUCUCACACAAGCUACAGGAAGUGCAUACUGACUCUGUUACUUGUGAAAAGGAAGGAUAAUUUUUUUUUUAAAUCACAGAGAGUGGGUUUAUUUCAAGUUGCUCACAGUUGUGCAAAUGAUUCCAUCAGAGGCUGUGCAUAUUGUGUAAAAAAAAUCUAUAAAAAAUUAUAAUACUUGCUAUGCAAGUUUUAGGGAGAGGGGGAAACGUUGAAUAUGAGGAAUCAUGCACUUUAAAACAAGGAAUGCUUUAAAUAUGCACAUUUCAUGUCAAGGGUUAGUUGAUUGUGUCACAGAUUCAUUUUCAGGGAGUUUGUGGGUGUGGCCUUCAGGGGGCGUGUUAAUGCGAUCGUGAGAUUUGUGUCACUGGAGGGGGAACCUGAGACCAGGUUGAGUUUCGGUCAGCAAGGCAUUGCCUCUUUCUUCAGACCUCUUGGGGUUCGCGGAAAAGAGUUUAGCAUGGCGUCAAAUUCCAAAGACCACCUCUGUGAAAUGCGUUUUCCAAUGUUAGCCUACUGGCCGUUGGAAAGGUGUGCAACUCGGUCAGCCAGGUUUGCGUUGUAACCACGACACCAGCAGGACCGCACAGGUGCGGUCGAAUGUUUGGAACACGCCAUCCUCUGGGCUGCGAUUGGAUCUCUCUCGCGUAUUAAUGGUUUUUGGUCAUCCCGACACCUACCUGCAGUCACAUGGUAGUUAUAGCGAGUCAAGGGGAGUUCAAAGGCCAAAAAAAAAACCCACAUCUGUAUCUCAUUAGCAUCAGCCAGUGACACGGGAGUUUAAGGAAGCAGGGGUCAGCUUUUAACCAAUCACAGAGCAACCAGCAACCAACAGUACAGUCUUGAAUUCUCUGCUCUAGAGAUGGAUCAACAUUUUGAUUAUGUUGUAGGCCUGGCAAAGACACCAAAAGCUUGUACUGAGAGCUUAUUAUUUAUUUACAUCACAUUAAUUUUAGAUGAGCAUCUAGUGGACAUUGCUUGAUUUAACCAAGAUGAAAAUAUUAAUUUGAGAAAAAAAAUUUGUUGGAUGGAACCGUGUGCUUUACAGAUAGUAUCGGGGAUCAUUUAUUAUAAUGUGGGAAGCCUCUAUUUUGAGGCCUUGCUUAUUUUUGAAUUUAUUUUUUAAAUAUAUUGAUUAAAAAUUUCUUCUUAAAUUUGUUUUCAUAAAUGGAUUAUUUCCAACAUAUAAAUGCUAUGAUUGAUUAGAUAUAUGUAAGACCAAUAGCUUUUCUGGGUUGUAAAUCAUUACCUUAAUCAGCUGUUUUUACUUUUUUGAAGAGUGAUUCAUAUUUUAAUUUUGUAAUAUAUGCCAUUUUAUUUAUUUAGGAGCAUUUUAGAAAUUAUUUAUGAUGAGAGGUUUUAAAGGUAAAUAAAAUGUGGCAAUUAUAAACAUUUAAAACACAUAUCUAUGUAUUAUAUAUUUUAUUGCAGAAAUAUAUUGUAUAUUUGAAUCACACAAACAGUAUUUAUUAUAUUUCCUAAAUUGAGUAGUAAAUUAUAACGUAUAUAAAUUAUAUGCUAAUUAUUGUUGAGUUGCUUUAUGCACUUCUAGAAUAACAUUCACUCUGCAAUACAUAGCUGUUCUGCAUGCAUUAUCCACAAAGAUGGAGCUGUUCAAUCAAAGCGCAAAGCUGGCAUGCCUUAAUUUUCAAGAUUGAAGGUAGUGUCAAAAUUAAGUGUUGAAAGUGAAGACCAGAGUUUUGCGGGGAACUUUGAUUUCUGUCUUCUGUCCUGUCAUUCAGCAUUUUCUUCUGAGAUAGUCUUUAAAAAGUCGCCUGUUUUCAUUCAUCAACAUGCAACCUCGUAGCAUUUUGACAGUUAAUGACAGUAUGGAGCAUUCCCAAAUGUGGACAUCUCUAAGCAGUAAUUAUCCCAGUUGAUUUGUCAUCCCACACUGCAAUUCGAUUGGUUGGCCAACUGCACUUUGAUUGAUUAGCCCCCGAUUCACUGAACUGAACCAGCCAGGCUGACGAGCGGCAGUUCUGUACAUUUUAUGGUUGCACAAAAGAGGGCUGCUUCCAAAAAAAAAAAAAAAAAACAUUAAAGGGAAACAUGUCUCGUGUAAAUAUGACUGUGUGCUAUCCAUCUCCUAUUUUAUCAUCCGGUUAUAACUGGUUACCCUUCCACAUUCACCCCUCCGUACUGGUGCACACGUUCUAGUUAUGCCUUCCUCCCACGGUCGGUGCUGGAAUGUUUCGUUUGAAUUGUUGAUGUGCAAUAGGCCUUUUGGGGACCGCCACAGAGUGGUUUUAAUGCAUUUUUACCUGCUGCCCCUUCCUGUCAACUUUCCAGGUCUAAUCUAAUGUUGUUCCUGUGUUUUAGAGGCCUGUACUUAGAGGUGUUUUAAUAGCGAGGAAAGAAAAUAAAUAAAAGAAGGAUAUAAUUUGCUUAUGGUGAAUACCACUAGUGUAGCCUGUGUGUAAUCCCCAUGAAAAUUAAAUAAGUAAAAUAUAUAUAUAUACAUUUUUUGCAGACAAAAAUAUUCCAUGUAAGUAGGAGAUCAGGGCAAUGGCGGUCAGAGGUCAAGAUAACCUAACAGCUGGGGAACCAGCCACAGGAAUUCUUUAUCAUUUAUUCAGGUGUGUUUUAGCUCCCGGUAGCUCCAGGUGCAGGUGGUAACUGGUUAAGCCCAGCUCAGCUCAAAACCACCACAGAUGUGAUUUAAAUGGCUAUUAAUUCAAAUUAAACAGCAAGCUACACGUUUGCUGAGGGCAUCCAUCUUUACACUCUGAAUUCAGGAUUUGAUGUUUUUGAAUCUUGGAGACGAGGCUACAGCAGAGCCAUCAGUAGAUGUUAUUUAACUUCAUAAUUCACACUGACCAUGACUUUCUUCUGUCAUGUUGUUGGCCAGUGACCUUUGUUUUUUUUUGACAAUUAAUCCACAGAUAAAAAUCCAUGUAUUUUCUUUCGCCUGGCAGAUGUUAGUUUGGCUCUUUCUGUCGCUGGCUCGGUUAGAAAGGAGUACGACACCGUUUUUGCAAGAGGUCUUCCUCAUCUGUAACCUGUACAUAAACAAAGGCCGUUUCUAUCAUAGAAGAUUUUAAAAGUUUGUGUGUGUGUGCGUGCGUGUGUGUGCGUGUUUGUGUGUGAGAAGGAACAGCAGGUGAGCAGACUUUUUUUCAGGUCACAUUUGGUUCAGCUGUCAUCUUCAGAUCCCUAGUACUGACCAAUCACCUGUAGAACUGUGUGCCAAUACACUUGAUGAUACUUACUGUACAGUAUUUUAUAAAUAUUUUCCUAUACUGUAGUAUAAAGGUUUGUGAAUUAUUAUACCACUAUUGUCUUUUUUGUCAGUGAGCACUUGUAUGCUACCAAGGAGUUGAAGCACACAUUUUUUGCAAUAAUAAUAGUGUAGUUAACCUUAAAACAAAUUAUCUUCCAGAGGUUCCCGGAAGUUUUUAAUGUCUAUUAAUGCAUGCAGUUCUUCCAUCUGAGUUGUAAUGCAUUCUGUACAAUAAUGCAAGGAGAGAGAGAGUGAGAGUGAGAGAGAGAGAGAACGAGAGGAUGAGAUCGAUAGAAAGAUGGGAGGACAAAAUGGUUAAUUCCAAAAUGAUCAUGGUAGUAUUUGGAGACAAAUGCAAAUAUGUAUUCCUUAAUGUGAAUAGGCUAUUGUUUUGGCAUGCAUUUUUAAAUAAAUACAUAAGUACAUGAAUAAGU